CUGGGCAUGCAGCAAAACUCGUCACAGAAAUUCCAGGGUCAAAGUUUUCUGAGAAAGGGAGAGGAAAUCAGACAGGCAACGAGAGAUGACUUAGGAACUAAAGUCUCUGGAGCCCCAGCCACAGUUUAAUGCUCCCUUAUUCCAGGCGAUUGAAGGAGCAGAAAAAGAUCUUGGAAAGAGGAAGAGCAGGAAUCUUGAAUCACUUUCCUACUCACUUCUUCAAGUUCUUCCAUCCAGCCCAGGAUGGACGUUGGGUGUUACCUCCAACGGAUUGGAUUCCAAGGAGUCUCCACCUGCCCUUCUUUGGAGACCCUACGGUCCCUCCACCGCUCCCACCUCUUCUCGGUACCGUUUGAGAGCCUCAGCAUCCAUUGUAAAGAGCCCAUCAUUCUGGAAUUCCCCCAUUUGUACGAGAAAAUUGUUCAAAACCACCGGGGUGGUUUUUGUUGUGAACUGAAUGGUCUCUUCCUGUGGUUGUUGCAAGCAUUAGGAUUUCAUACCAAAGUCAUAGCUGCACGUGUUUGGAACCGCUUCACAGAGUGCUAUGGUCCUCCAUUGGACCACUUGAUAAUUUUGGUAGACUUGGACGGGCACCAACUUCUGUGUGAUGUUGGCUUUGGAGAAGGCUUCCUGGAACCGUUAGAGCUGAAGCCAGAGUUGGAACAAGUUCAGGAAGGAGGUAUAUUUUGGUUGAGCCUGAAAGGAGACAUCUGGGUUUUGGAACGUCGGGAAGUAUCUGGAGGGAAGGGGAGGCCCCUCUAUAAAUUCACCCUGGAGGAGAGGAAACUAGAAGAUUUUUCUAACAUGUGUCUUUAUCACCAGACUUCACCCUGUUCCAUCUUCACAUGUAAAUCCUUUUGUUCCCUGCACAAACCAGGUGGUGGACGUCUGACCUACAUCGGUCAGCGUCUCAUUUUCACCAGGGGAGGGGAACGUACAGAAACCGUCCUGCAGAACUCUAAGAUCCCAGCUGUUCUUUUUGAGAAAUUUGGGAUCCAAUUGAAGAGGAACUUUGAACCAAAGGAUGAAAAAAUCCUGCCACCAAUUCAACAAGAUUAACUAGUGGGGAGAGUGAAGGGUGUUCACUCUUAAACUUAGAUUGUAAUGAAAUAUGGAAUUGGGCAGGUUGAUCUGUUAAGGAUCUCUUUCAUGCUUAUGAUUCUGUAAGGAUUAAGAGAAACUUCAACUGAUUAACUUUGGAUAUCCUGCUGGUUAGCACUGGCAUGUUGUGGCAAUUAUUAUUAUUUAGAUUUCUAAGGAACCCUGCACAUACGUUUGCCUAUAGGUGUACACUUAUCAAUGACUGUUAUAUAAAAGGUGAAACAUC